GGCGCGCCGUCUCCACACCGCGACAGAUGCGGCCGGGGUCCUGGCGCUGCGUAUAAGAGCCGCUGGGCCCGGCCCGCCGCUGCUCGCCGCCCACAUCUUCCCACUCGAACACCUGCAGCUGAACACCCACACCCCGCGUUUGCAUACCCUCUCCGCCACCGCAUACCCACCUCUCCAACCCUCGCCUCCCACCCCCUGCCGCGCCACCGAUGUCGACGAGCGACCGCACCCCGCUGCUGCCCUCGAGCCAGAAGGACGUCAAGCGCUCGGAGGAGCGCCUGCAGAACUACGGCUCGCGCGCCGAGCAGACGGCCCAGUCUGUGCAGGCGCACGCCAAGCGUGCGCUGCGCAACCCCGAGCGCGCGCUCAACGAGGCUACGCCGUCGCACGGCACGCAGAAGGCCGUCACGCGCGCGCUUGCCGCCCUCAAGGCCGGCAAGCUGCCGAGCAACGAGCAGCUCGUUCACUGGGCCGAGCUCGCGCGCAACAGCAGCUUCCUGCAGGAGGGCCCCUUUGAGCGCACGGGCGCGCUGAGCGAGGAUGGCUCGCGCGUCGUGCAGGAUGUCAAGUCCGUCAUCGACGAGCUCAUCUCGCUCGCUGAGGAGAAGAACGAGGGCGACCUGAUCCAGAACUUCAUCUUCAGCAUCACGUCCAUCGUCGACCAGGCCGACUCGGUCAACGUGCCAGACGUCAAGAACAAGGCGCUGCGCGCCGCGACCAAGAUCUCGCCCGACACCAAGGUCGACGUCUCCGGCGAGCUGCCGUCGCAGAAGCAGGUGCAGGCCGAUGCCGAGAAGGCUGCACAGGCCGUGCAGACGCUCGUGCGCACCGUCGUCACCGACUCGUCCUUCCGCGGCCUGCUGAGCGAGAUCAUCAACGCCGCGCGCGACAUCUUUGCCGACGCCGCCAGCGAGGUCGCCGAGGGCGCCUCCAGCGCCGCCGACGCCGCGCGCCCCUCCGAGGACGAGCGCAGCUCGCUCGACUACGAGAAGGUCGGCAAGGAGGGCAAGGCCAAGGCCAAGGCCCUCGAGCGCGACUACAAGACGGGCCGCCUGCAGACCGAGGUGCGCGAGAGCGCCUACGCCGCCAAGGACUGGAUCGACGAGCGCCUGCCGACCGACGCUCGCGACGCGCUCUCGGAGCGCCUCACGUCCAUCAUCAAGAAGGCGCAGUCGAAGCCCGAGUACAAGGAUGCCGUCAACGGUCUCUCGUCGCUCUUCAAGCGCUACCGCACCAUCGCCACGCGCGCGGCCAAGAAGGCCGCCGACCAGGCCAAGCAGGCCGGCAAGGAGGUCGUUGAGAAGACGAAGCAGGAGGCCCAGAAGGUCGCCGACGAGGCCAGCGACGAGGCCUCGUCGGGCGACGUCGACCUCUCCGGCGUCGCCGACAACGGCAAGGAGCUGCUGGAGCGCUUCGCCAACGGCAAGAGCCUCGACGACGUCAUCUCGACGUUCCAGACGGUGCUCGCCGAUGUAGAGAACGACGAGCGCCUCUCGUCGUACGUCGAUGACUGGGGCUCGUUCGUCAACCGCCUGCUCGAGCAGGAGAACUACGUCGGCUCGAAGAAGGCCGGCCGUCGCUUCGACGAGCUCAUCGACCGCGGCGAGGAGCUCGCCAAGGACGACAAGUGGAAGAACGAUGCGCAGGCGCUCGCCAGCGAGCUGCGCGCCUUCGGCGAGGCGCUCGCCAACGACGAGGGCACGACGUCGCUGCUCGAGGCGCUCGAGGACCUGAGCGACGACGUCAAGACGCUCGGCGAGUCUGCGUUCAACAUCUUCAAGGCCGAGGCGUCGCACCUGCAGCAGGACCUGCUCAACGUCAUCCUGCCGCGCCUGCUCUCGGCCAUCAAGGAGAUCGAGCUGCCGCGCGCCGAGUACAAGAGCGAGGACUUCGACUUUGUCCUCGACGGCGUCAAGAUUGCCGGCCUCAGCGGCUCGCUCGUGCCCGACUCGAUCCGCCUGAGCAACUUCAACGAGUUCGUCUUUGAGCAGGGCUACGCCGCCUUUGCCACCAACGCGCGCUCCAACGUCAAGGUCUCCGUCACGGGCCUCAACGUCGCCAUCAACGACGCCGCGUACUACGUGCAGAAGCGCACCGGCUGGAAGCACGACGACUGGGGCCUGCUCGACAUCGAGGGCAAGGACUUUGACUGCGAGAUCGAGCUGGCGACGCCCAAGGAGGGCGACCGCAACAACCUCUUCCGCGUCGUCUCCGUCGAGACGGACACGAGCGCGUUCAAGAUCUCGGUCAAGAACACGCACCGCCCGAUCAGCAACUUCUUCAUCCUGCCCUUCAUCCGCGCCUUCAUGAAGACGAAGCUCUCGGAGAUCCUCAACGAGGCCAUCGAGAACCAGCUCAAUCAGCUCGACACGGACCUCGCCUUUGCGCACGCGCGCAGCGCCGCCGUCGGCCGCUACGCCGCCACGGCCGGCGGCGCGCCGUCGAUCCUCGGCUACUUCAAGGCCCUCGUCGGCAACGUCACGGGCAGCGGCGCCUCGUUCGGCGCCGGCAAGGUCGGCGCCACCAAGGGCAUCACGCGCCGCGGCACGCACGGCGAGAGCCUGCUGUGCAUCGGCGUCGAGAAGCACAUCCUGCCCGGCCGCGGCGGCCCCGAGGGCUGGUACGAGGACCGCCAGGCCGAGCUCAAGGCGGCCGCCGACAAGGUGCAGACCAAGAGCAAGGCGCAGAUGCGCGCCCUCUCGCGCGAGGCCAAGCGUGCCGAGCGCGAGGAGCGUGCCAAGUCGGGCUGGAAGUCUGACGCCUUCGACCUCGGCUCCAACUAAGCCGACACCCUCCGUCCCUUUCCAAGGCUCCGCUCCGCUCCGCCUAAUGACACCACCCAUGUAUGCAUACUGCUCGCUGGCCCGCCAUGACAUUCCCAUUCCGUCGUCC